AUGUCACGUGGUGUUUCCGCAGUAAGGAUUUUGUUACUUGGAGAACCUCGUGUUGGUAAAACAACCCUUAUCUUAUCCUUAGUAAGCGAAGAAUUCUCUCCAAAGGUACCUGCACAAGCUGAAGAGAUUACAAUCCCUGAGGAUGUAACGCCUGAACACAUUCCUACACAAAUUGUUGAUUAUUCGUCACAGACACAAUCGCAUGAACAGUUAUGCGCAGAGAUAAAACGUGCAAAUGUUAUUUGUCUGGUACAUGCAUUAGAUGAUGAAAAUUCUUUUAAACAGAUAUCUGCCUAUUGGUUGCCUUUAAUACGUCAUGUCAGUACAAAUGCAGAUACACGUAUACCUAUUGUUCUUGUCGGCAAUAAAUUGGACAUAAAUCAUGAAAGUAAAUUAGAUAAAAUGCUUCCAUUGAUGUCUGAGUAUUGUGAAGUGGAGACAUGCAUUGAGUGUUCAGCUAAGACAAUGUUGAAUCUUAGCGAAACAUUUUGGUUUGCACAAAAAGCCGUAUUAUAUCCAACUGCACCAUUAUAUAAUGCUGAAAAGAAAGAACUUACUCCCGAGUGUAUACGUGCUUUAACAAGAAUCUUUCGAAUAUGCGAUAUAGACAAUGAUGGUUACUUAUCAGAUCGUGAAUUGGAGGCGUUUCAAACGCGUUGUUUCUCUAUCCCAUUGACUGCACAAUCAUUGCGUGAUGUUAAACAGCUAGUAAAACAAUCCUGUCCUGGUGGAGUCACUGUGAAUGGGUUAACACAAAAAGGUUUCCUUUUCCUGCAUUUAAUGUUUGUACAAAAGGGGCGUCAUGAAACCACUUGGACAGUAUUACGUCGAUUUGGUUAUGGAAAUCAUAUGAGAUUGUCUGAAGAAUAUCUUUAUCCUAGAUUUUGUAUUUCACCUGGUUGUAGUACAGAAAUAUCACCAGUUGGAAUGCAAUUUUUAAAUACCCUAUUUAAUAAAUAUGAUUUGGAUCGUGAUGGUUGUUUAUCAACAAUAGAAUUAAGUGAAUUACUUGCCACUUGUCCUGAAGACCAGUUAAGUUAUGUGAUUGAUAUGGGUUUAUGCGUUACCACAAAUCCAUUGGGUUGGGCAACACGUCAAGGAUUUCUAGCCUUUUGGAUGUUAACAGCCUAUCUAGAACCUAAUCGUCUUCUUGAAUACUUCGCGUAUUUGGGUUUCACAUAUUAUGAACUUGGCUCAUUUUUAUCGCUUUCGUCCUCGGCUACAUUGUCGAAUGGUGGAGGAGAUCCUGCAAGCGUCUACGAUAGUAUCACGUUGACACCAAAUCGACGAAAUCAUCAAGAUAUGUCAUCUAUUAUACAUAAAACAUCCGGUGGAGGAGGGAUACCCGGUAGUCAACCACCGUUUGCAUCACAUCGUACAGAUUUAAGUACAAAUUCAAGUGGUUUAAUGACCAUCGGGAAUGAAACUUUGCUGAAAGCGAUUAUUAUUACAAAUCAUAAGCGGAUAGAUGCUAUACGUCGAUCGACACAACGGACAGUAUUUUAUUGUCGGGUGUAUGGAGCUCGUAAUGUUGGGAAAACAUGUUUAAUGCAAGGAUUGAUUGGUCGUAGUUUGAAUGGUUCCGGUGGUAACAGUAUCGGUGGAAUAGCUGGGCGUACAUCGAAUUGGGUAGCUGCUUGCGGUAUACCUGUCUACGGGCAAUCAAGAACCCUGUUAAUGCAUGAAAUCAGUUCCAGUGCUGGUGAACAAAUGUCAGCCAAUGAAGCGUUGUCUGCAGAUGUUGCCUGCCUUGUGUAUGAUGUCUCUGAUUGUGAAUCAUUUCGUUAUGUGGCGAAUAUAUUUCUUAAUUUCUAUCGUGGUACUCGUGUGCCGUGUCUUUUCGUCGCUGCCAAGUCGGAUCAAUCCCCCGUGAUACAAAAUUAUCAAAUUGAUCCAAGUGAAAUGGUAACAAAGUAUAAUAUACCUCCACCGGAACCUUUCUCUAGUGUACACCUGUCAGUAAAGCAUACACCAUCAUCAUCAUCAACUGUCAAUGGUUAUGAAGAUAAAUCAACCUAUCCAAUAAGAAGACGUCGUGCUGGUUCAGCUGAUCCAAUUUCUUCAUCUACAGCAUCUUUAAUCGGUGAUUCAUCUAGCGGUGGAGUAAAACUUAGUUCACAAGAUUUACUCUCUUCAGAGACAUCAAUUCAUCGUCAUCAGAAUGGUAGAGAAGAUGUUAACUCGCCAACAACAGGGGGGGAAGUACGCACUCGACAUCUUUCACGUUCGGAUUUACACAGAAAUAGUACGACUAGUUCUACGUCUAAUAUUGAUGUUAAAAAUCGUUAUACAAAAAAUAAUUUUUCGAAUAUGCAUCAAACAGACUUUCAUCCUGUGUACAUAUUGUUGUGUACUAUGGCAAAUUAUCCACAUUAUCGUGGUUUCGAGUUGUCUCAAACAGAUCAUGCCUGGAAGUGGACAUUGGCAGCGACUAUUUUAGCUGGAUUUGGAUUUUUUGCAUUUCAUAUGGCAAAGACACAUACGUAA